AUGGAGGUUUGUGAAGCAACCAGUAUAACUGGUCAAGGCUUCGUAGACGCGGCCUAUUUUCGUGACUUCUAUUUGCAUGAACAACUAACUGAUGUAAAACAGCAUCUUCCAAAUCGUGAUUACCCAUAUCCAAUUACACAACAUCAGACUUUUUAUGAAAAUGUAUCAACAUUUUCAUUUCCACAAAUCACUACUGUUACCACAAUUUCACCUAGCGUUACUUCACAGAAUUACACUCUGAAUAAUUUUGGUAAUGACAGUCAACGACAAUGCCAUCAUCGUUUACCAUCUACUCUACAAACGAUGUCAUCAACUUCUGAAAAUUUCUACCCUAAAGAAAUGUCCACUGAUCAAACGUACGCACAACAUCAAUUUCACCUUCCACAACAACAACAAGGUCUUUCACAAUAUUUCCAUCAUCAGAGUAAUAAUCAUUAUGAUAAAAAUGUAGUCGAAGAUCACAAAAUGAAUCAAUUUAAAUUUACGGAUGAAACUGUUGUUAUGACUACUACUUCCGUUAUUGCUUCUGCUGCUGAUACAAUAACUUGUACUAACACGACAGCUUCCACUACUAUUCCGUACACAGUCAGACAAAAUGUCUCAUAUUCCACUCCCAUUACAAAUGAAAAACAAGACCAUACAUUGAACAACUUUAAUUUAUGUAGUACCAUACUAUCGAACACAGAUACGAAUAUCUCCCAAUGGGAUGUGAAUGACCCGAAAUUGCCAAAAAUUCGGCAAUUCGAUACAUUUACAAUGUGGCCACAAGGUCAUUGUCGUUAUGCGUAUAAAAAAUCCCAAUCUGAGGGAGCUCGACGUCAUGCUAGCGGUUGGGCAAUGCGUAAUACCAAUAAUCAUAACUCACAAAUACUAAAAAAUCCCAUCUGUGAUAAAGCAAGACGACGCCAAGAAGGUCGACAAUGUUGUAUGCCAAAUUGCACUGGACGUAUUUACAUUCAAUCAUGUCAUGGACAUGGAGGUUAUCCUGUGACACAUUUUUGGCGUGAACAUGGUGAUACAAUUUAUUUUCAAGCUAAAGGUACACAUGAUCAUAUACGACCUGAUUUAAAACCAGUUCGUGAUACAGCGGCUAGACGUCGUAAACAUCAACAACAAAAUAUGGAACAAAUAGAAAGUGGAGGCGAACAACGACAACAUCAGCAAAAAGUUUCACGUUUACACAAUAUGAAAAAUGUUAAAUGUGUUGGUUUAGCACAACAGCAACACGAGAAAAAAAUGACGCUUAUUUCAAAUCCAUUGAAUUUGCCUUAUACAACUGAAGUGAUAUUACCAAAUAAUACUACUAUCAAUAAUAUUACGCCGACUAUUGAUUAUGGAGUUGAUGUGGACAUGACGACGUUUCAACAUCAUGUUAACAAUGAUCAACGUUCCAAUCAAUUUUUACAAAUGCAUUAUAAUAAAAGAAUAAAUACUGACCAUGAUUUGAAUAAACCAAUAUCAACAGUCAAUUCUUAUUGUGAUAAUGUAAUAACAAGAAAAGAACCAAUAUUCCCAGGUUCAAAUCCAUUUGAAAAUAAUAAUGAAUUAGAUUUACUUGAUACUGUAACAAUGAUGACAACAGAAACAUUGCCAACUACGAUUACUAAUACAACUAAUACUAAUGAUACAGUAAAAAAUCUACUAAUGAUAUCGAAAAAUGUUAAUAAUUCAUUAGAAAUAACUAAAAGUGCAUUAUCACAAAAUACAAUAAUAAAACCAUCAAUCAACAAUUACAAUGAUAAUCAAUCAUACGAUACAACACCAACGACGAGUACACUUGAUUCUUCAACUUUUCCACACAACGAUACUUACAUUACGUCACCAGGAGAAAAAUUCAAUUCCACCUAUACUCAACGAGAUUCUAUCGGGACUAAUAACGAUCACGAUAACAAUAAUAAUCAUUAUUAUCAAAGUCAAAUGAACUUAACUCCAACGAAAUUAUCUACAUCAUCAGCUUGUAACACAUUUUAUCGAUAUCAUUUUAUGAAUCAAUUAUUAAUGAAUUCUCAGUUAAAUCCUUUAAAUACUACUUACAAUUAUCAGAAUCAUAGUAGUAAUAGUAAUACAUGUGGUACAAAUAGUGAAUCUACAUCAACUUAUGGUUUAAAUGCCUCAUGGUCAACACCAUCACCGCCAACAUUUGGUGGUGUUGGUAGUAAUUCCAGCUUAUUGAACAAUAAUAAUACAGUGUAUAAUGAUACGACUAUUGAUGAAAUUCCAAUACAUAAUGAAGUAUCAUUAGAUUCUUUGAAAGAUCUACAAUCAUCCUUAUUGAAUAAUAUACAAGAAGUAAAUAAUGCAGGGAUUAAUCGUUAUGAUUCUGUGAACGUUUUUAGUCACAAUAAUGAUAAUAAUAUUAAUGUGGAAAGUUCUUCAACCUACUAUGAUUCAAUGAGUCAGCAAUUAUAUCAUCAUAAUAGUAAUUAUUAUUCAAGAUGUAUGCAUAAAAUUAAUUUGGCCGGUUAUCAGUUAACUGCACCACAUCAGCAGUAUAAUUUUAAUAAUAUUAAUGACAAUUCAAAUGAUCAUUUGUUAUCUAUCAAUCAAACAGGUUUAACACCAUCAGUAUUUAUGUCAUCCAGUACACCAAUAUCAACGAUGCCAUCAAAAACAAUGUCUAGGUUGUAUUCAUCUGAUGAUAAACAUACCUUGCAUACACCUGCAAGUAGGAUGACACAAAUGCCUGGAGGAACAGAACCGGACUCCAAUCAUGCACCUAAUAAUAACAACAUAGGAUUUAGUUAUAUCGCUCCAAUACCGUUUUACUUGAAUAGUAGUUCCGAGUCAAGAAGUACACGAACAGAUAGUUCCAGUGAUAGUAGUCAAUCAAAACAAAUUAUGCUAUAG